UCGUAGCCUCCUACGCGCAAUACCAUCUCUGCCUCUGGGAGUUGAAGUUUCCGAAAGAGGACCGUCUGCAGUGGAAAAGACCACUACAAAAAGCUUUCUGUGCGGCCUCGCAAGUUCCCCGACAACUCCUCUGUUCAAGGCAUCAAAUAAUGUCAUCUGAAAUAUUGCCAGCAUUUAGUGAGACUUCUAAUGUUGAAAGAAAGCAAGACUUAAGUGAAGACCAAGAGGAGAACCAGAAACCAGGAUUAGGUGAAGGAUUUGAACCAAUAUCUAAACGGCAAAUGAAGAAGCUAAUGAAACAGAAACAGUGGGAAGAACAACGAGAACUCCGCAGACAAAAGCGGAAGGAAAAACGCAAGAGAAAGCAAUUUGAGCGACAGUGUCAACUGGAAUCAAACUCAGAAGGAAGUGACAGAAAACGUAUUCGAAGAGAUGUUGUUCACAGCCCACUACGCCUUAUCAUUGACUGCAGUUUUGAUAGCUUGAUGGUAUUAAAGGACAUUAAGAAACUUCAUAAGCAGAUUCAGCGAUGUUAUGCAGAAAAUCGACGAGCACUGCAUCCUGUGCAGUUUUACUUGACAAGCCAUGGAGGCCAGUUGAAAAAGAACAUGGAUGAAAAUGACAAAGGAUGGGUCAACUGGAAGGAUAUCCAUAUCAAACCAGAGCACUAUAGUGAAUUCAUACAGAAAGAAGAACUGAUCUAUCUUACAUCAGAUUCACCUAAUGUACUAAAGGAAUUAGAUGAAUCAAAGGCUUAUGUGAUUGGAGGAUUAGUAGACCACAACCAUCACAAGGGACUCACAUAUAAACAAGCAUCAGAACAUGGAAUUGAUCAUGCACAGCUCCCCCUUGGAAAUUUCGUGAAGAUGAAUAGUAGAAAGGUUUUGGCAAUUAAUCAUGUGUUUGAGAUUAUUCUGGAAUACUUAGAAACAAAAGACUGGCAAGAAGCAUUUUUCACUAUCUUACCCCAAAGAAAAGGAGCUGUUCCCACAGACAAAGCCGGUGAAAGUUCUCACGACAAGAAGUUUGCCAGAGUUGAAGGUAGAUUGAACAGUGAUUCCAGUGAGGAGGAAACUAGAAAUGAACUAGAUUCACCACAUGAGGAAGGAAAGCAGGAUAAAGAAAAUAGCACUGAAUCUACAGUGAACUCUGUAUCACACUAAUGUUAUCUUUUUUUUUAAGUUUAAGGAAAAAUUAGGAGAAUGAAUAUAGAACUCCAUAGAAUAUUUCAUAGAAUAUUUGAAUUGGAAGAAAAUUUCAUUUUCUCUUAUUUCUAUUGUGAAUUUUUUAAACUUUUUUCUAAGCCUCAAAUAAGCAUUUUUUGCGAAUUUUACCUUAUUAGUAAACCUUCAUUCUCUUUUGUUUACAAGUUGUAUUCUUCAGAAUGUGCCUCCUGGCCUUUCAGUUUUAUUAUCAUAUGCUUAUAUCAAUGUCGUUCUGAUUCGUUGCCUACUUAUUUUGUGGAGGCAGAUAUGCUAAAACUCCUUUAAGUCUAACAAAAUGUUCUGUAUGGGUGGUUACCUUCUAUUUGCAGCUUUUAUAUUUACUUUAGUUACUUCAAAGGAGUAUAGUGAUUUUAGGAAUAAGUAUUGGAUUGAGAAACUCAAGAAUUAAUUUCUUUUGGACCAUGAACCCAUCUCUGUUCUUCCUUUGUGAUGCCUAUUGUGGCUCUAAAGCAAUCACUGAAGAGUUAAGAAUCUCUUUAAUAUAUUUCCUUAAUUUCAAUAAUGAUGGUAAAUUAUUUCAAUUAUAAAAUUUAAUUUUUCAAGCUAGAUUAUUUAAAGAGGCUGUGGAAGGAUCAGUUUUGUCUUUACCCAAAUUUAAAAAGAAACAGCUCUUAAAAAAAAAAAGGAGCUCUUAGCAGCUAUCCUUUUCUUUACAUAUGUACUUCUUUAAAAUAUGUUGGUUCUUAAGCAAAUAAAGUUAACUUUUAUGUGCAUCUGUCUACUAUCAUAUAAUAAUAUUCAAGCUAAUGUGAAUGUAUGUUUCUGUAAAUAAUAUAAGCAUAUAUGAAAAUAUGCAUGUAAUUGCAUAUACAUCUCUUUGUCCACAUCAUGUAUGAUUCUCAGUUAUCAAUUGAUGGAUGAUAGGAUUGAGUUGCCGUAUAUCUGUAUUAUUUGUGUGAAUGAUUGUGUUGAAAAUCACUAAGGACUUUCAAUUUCAUAAAGCGCGAAAAUCCAUAACUAAACAUUUGUAUGAGGGCACUGGCAAGGGAAGGUGGGGCUAGAAGGAGACGUUUCGGUUCCUGCCAGUGCGUGUAGAGCAGUUAUGUUUAAAGUGACUGUUCUUUGUCACAGCUAACGUAACAUUGCAGAAGCCUUUUCUGAGUUUGGAUAAAUUAAGUUUGUGUUCUUUUUACUCAUUGGCAUCUCAAAUUAGACACAUAUUUGGUAGAAAGUUCAUUGAAGUUAACAUUGAUGUUCACUGUCUCUUCUGUCGCUUUAUUCUUAGUAAUCUAGUACAGUUAUCCAUGUAAAGUGAGGUCUGUGAGCAACGUAUGUGAAUAAAGAAAAACC